AGGCCCGAGAACUCGCCAUGCCGGCCCGGCUACUGCUGGCGCUGCUGGCGCUGCUGCUGCUGCCUGGCCCCGGGAUUUUUGGAAGUCCCAGCACAGUGACACUUCCUGAAACCUUGUUGUUUGUGUCAACUCUGGAUGGAAGUUUGCAUGCUGUUAGCAAGAGGACAGGCUCGAUCAAAUGGACUUUAAAAGAAGAUCCGGUUCUGCAGGUUCCAACACAUGUGGAAGAGCCUGCCUUCCUCCCAGAUCCCAAUGAUGGCAGCCUGUAUACGCUUGGGGGCAAGAAUAAUGAAGGCCUGACGAAACUUCCUUUUACCAUCCCCGAGUUGGUACAGGCAUCCCCAUGCCGAAGUUCAGACGGAAUUCUCUACAUGGGUAAAAAGCAGGACAUUUGGUACGUUAUCGACCUUCUGACUGGGGAGAAGCAGCAGACCCUGUCAUCGGCCUUUGCAGACAGCCUCUGCCCGUCUACCUCUCUGCUGUAUCUCGGGCGAACGGAGUACACCAUCACCAUGUACGACACCAAAACCCGUGAGCUCCGGUGGAACGCCACCUACUUUGACUAUGCAGCCUCUCUGCCCGAGGACGACGGGGACUACAAGAUGUCCCACUUUGUGUCCAACGGCGACGGGCUGGUGGUGACCGUGGACAGUGAAUCCGGCGACGUCCUGUGGAUCCAAAACUACGCUUCCCCCGUGGUGGCCUUUUAUGUCUGGCAGAGGGAGGGUCUGAAGAAGGUGAUGCACAUCAACGUCGCCGUGGAGACCCUGCGCUACCUGACCUUCAUGUCUGGGGAGGUGGGCCGCAUCACCAAGUGGAAGUACCCGUUCCCCAAGGAGACAGAGGCCAAGAGCAAGCUGACGCCCACCCUGUAUGUUGGGAAAUACUCUACCAGCCUGUAUGCCUCCCCCUCCAUGGUUCACGAGGGGGUCGCCGUUGUGCCCCGAGGCAGCACUCUUCCUUUGCUGGAAGGCCCCCAGACCGACGGGGUCACCAUUGGGGACAAAGGGGAGUGUGUGAUCACGCCCAGCACAGACCUCAAGUUUGACCCUGGGCUCAAAGGGAAGAACAGGCUCAACUACCUGAGGAACUACUGGCUUCUGAUUGGACACCAUGAAACCCCCCUGUCUGCGUCUACCAAGAUGCUGGAGAGAUUCCCCAACAACCUGCCCAAACAUCGGGAAAACGUGAUUCCUGCCGAUUCAGAGAAGAAGAGCUUUGAGGAAGUUAUCAACCUGGUUGACCAGACGUCAGAAAACGCGCCUACCACCGUUUCACAGGAUGUGGAAGAGAAAUACGAGCAUGCCCCUGCCAAGCCCGAGGCCCCCGUGGACUCCAUGCUCAAGGACAUUGCCACCAUCAUCCUGAGCACCUUCCUGCUCAUCGGCUGGGUGGCCUUCAUCAUCACAUACCCUUUGAGCAUGCAUCAGCAGCAGCAGCUCCAGCACCAGCAGUUCCAGAAGGAACUAGAGAAAAUCCAGCUCCUGCAACAGCAGCUGCCCUUCCAUCCACCUGGAGACAUAGCUCAGGAUGCUGAGCUCUUGGACUCAUCCGGCCUAUACUCCGAGAGCUCGGGCACCAGCAGCCCCAGCACGUCCCCCAGAGCCUCCAACCACUCGCUGCACUCCACUGGCUCGGCCUCCAAGGCUGGCACCAGCCCCUUCCUGGAUCAGGACGAUGAGGAUGAGGAAACCAGCAUGGUGAUAGUUGGGAAGAUUUCAUUCUGUCCCAAGGAUGUGCUGGGUCACGGAGCUGAGGGUACGAUUGUGUACCGGGGCAUGUUUGACAACCGCGACGUGGCUGUCAAGAGGAUCCUCCCUGAGUGUUUCAGUUUCGCGGACCGCGAAGUCCAGCUACUUCGAGAAUCGGAUGAGCACCCCAACGUGAUCCGUUACUUCUGCACAGAGAGGGACCGGCAGUUCCAGUACAUUGCCAUCGAGUUGUGUGUGGCCACCCUGCAGGAGUACGUGGAGCAGAAGGACUUUGCCCACCUCGGCCUGGAGCCCAUCACCUUGCUGCAGCAGACCACCUCGGGCCUGGCCCAUCUGCACUCCCUCAACAUUGUUCAUAGAGACCUGAAGCCCCACAACAUUCUCCUCUCCAUGCCCAACGCGCAUGGCAGGACCAAGGCCAUGAUCUCGGACUUCGGCCUCUGCAAGAAGCUGGCAGUAGGCCGGCACAGUUUCAGCCGCCGCUCAGGAGUGCCGGGCACGGAAGGCUGGAUCGCUCCGGAGAUGUUGAGCGAAGACUGCAAAGACAACCCGACCUACACAGUGGACAUCUUCUCUGCAGGCUGUGUCUUUUACUAUGUGAUCUCAGAAGGCAGCCACCCUUUUGGCAAGUCCCUGCAGCGGCAGGCCAACAUCCUCCUGGGUGCCUACAGCCUCGACUGCUUGCACCCCGAGAAGCACGAAGAUGUCAUUGCCCGGGAAUUAAUAGAGAAGAUGAUCGCAAUGGAUCCUCAGAAACGCCCGUCCGCAAAGCACGUGCUGAAACAUCCGUUCUUCUGGAGCCUGGAAAAGCAGCUCCAGUUCUUUCAGGACGUGAGUGACCGAAUAGAAAAGGAGUCCCUGGACGGCCCGAUAGUGAAGCAGCUGGAGCGAGGCGGGAGAGCUGUGGUGAAGAUGGACUGGAGGGAGAACAUCACCGUCCCCCUGCAAACAGAUCUGCGGAAAUUCAGAACCUAUAAAGGUGGCUCCGUUCGAGACCUCCUCCGAGCCAUGAGAAACAAGAAGCACCACUACCGGGAGCUCCCCGUGGAGGUGCGGGAGACGCUGGGUUCCCUCCCUGACGACUUCGUGCGCUACUUCACGUCCCGCUUCCCCUACCUCCUCUCCCACACCUACCGGGCCAUGGAGCCGUGCGGCCAUGAGCGGCUCUUCCAGCCCUACUAUUUCCACGAGCCCCCAGAGCCCCGGCCUCCAGUGACUCCAGACACCCUUUGAGCCAGGGUGGUCCUCCGUUCUGGUGGCCCCAGCUGUGACUGUGGGCCUGGUCUCUACAAGCCCGAGCCUGACGCCUCCCGGCUUGGCAAGGAGACCAGGCUCCCAAACCAAGUGCCUUGAGCUGUCCACAGUGCAGCCAGCAGGGGAUGAUGCCGACCCCAGGAAGCAAGAACCAUGACCCGUUCUGACCUGUAAGGAGCUGGGAAGAUGUUGACCACGAAAGUUCAGCAGUCGGGGGUCCUCUGCCAAGGAGGGCCCAUCCCAGAGGCAGCGACAGAAGCAUCCUCCACCUUCUCCUGGAUGCACUUGCUUCAGACCUACAUUUUUUUUUUUUUCAACUUCCUGUUUGAUGUCAGCCUGUGGGCCUGUAAGGAAGAGAGAGGAGGGAAUCCCACGUUUUGCCUGUGUCCGGG